AUGCGCAGACCGAGGUUUCGGAGGUCUUCCUCCAGAUUCAGCAUAACCGAGUACACGCUGCACAUCCCUCCGAGCCCGACGCAAAUGUCGCUCCGGCGCAGGGACACAGGGUUCCCGGAGCCGUUCUGUGGCAGCCGGAACACCUCGCUCCCACACCCCGAAGCCAACCUGAGCCCCGAUGCGUGCAUCACCGAGGACGACGUCAACCCGGCGCGAGCCCUCCUCAGACACCGGAUGACAUUUAUGGCCCGGCAAGAACUCCGUAACGGCUCGUCCGGUUCGCACUAUCGAAACGUCAGCACGUCGUCGUCGUCAGAGAAUGGAGGCCUCACCGGGGAGCUUCCCACACCAGAUGCGUUGAUGUCGCCCAAGGACGCCGACAGUAUUGAAUCUUCGUCGGACAGGACCAGCAGCCGGGACCCGGACUCGCCGCCACAGCACGGAAGUGAAUUUGGCCACCGCAGGGUUGAAUCGCGAGACUCACUGGGGAGCCCUGGGGGUCGGCGACGCAGCGGCAGCCUCCUCAGCAGACUGAUCCACAAACACAGGUAG